UGAGUCUCCUGGGGCCUCCAGCAGCUGCUGCUGGCAGCAUGGCCGAGGCAUCGGGGGACCCUGGCAAGACAGAUCUUGAGCAGAAGAUCCUCCAGGUGCUGGGGGACGCACCCUACCCGGUGAAGGUUGUCCAUCUGGUGAAGAAAUGCCAAGUGCCCAAGAAGACACUCAACCAAGUUCUCUACCAGAUGAAGAAAGAGUCACGAGUGGCCCUUGUUGGCCCCGCCACGUGGCAGUUGGGCAAGCCUGGGACGGGCGGGCCGCUCUCUGCAGAGCUGGCCCUGCCCAGCAACGCAGAGAGUCCCCGGCAAGUCACAGCUGCAGCUCCGCAGAAACCUGGCAGUCAGCUCAGUGUUCGGCAGGAAAAGAUCUACAAGUUUCUGGAAGCCAGUGGGCCCACGAAGGCCCUGAUCGUUGCCCAGUUCCUGGGGCUGAAGACAGCAAAAGAAGUCAACCCCGACUUAUACGCCCUGAGGGACAAGCACCUUCUGAGCCAUGACCAGAAUUCAAAGGCAUGGGCGAUCUAUCAACCAGAAGAUUCUGGGGAAGGACAUCAGGGAAAGACAACCAACAUCAUUUACCAGCAAAAUCCAAUCAACAUGAUCUGUCAGAAUGGACCGAACAGCCACAUUUCCAUCAAGAGCUCCGAGGCAGUCCAGAUUGGGCACGGGAACAGCAUAGUGAGACAAAUGACCAUGGGGGACAACAGCUCCACGGCUCCCGUCUGCCUCCCUCCUCUGGCCCCAGCUGAUCCCUCAACUCAGGACCCCCUGGCUGGACCCUGGGGGCCCCAGGACAUCCACUUGGAGAAGUCUGUGCUCCGACGGGUGCAGCUGGGGCAUGGCAACGAGAUGAGCCUCCAGAGCGCCCCAGCCACGGGCCCCGGCCACGGGCCCUCCGGCAGCAGCCUCUCCGGCAGCCCCCCAGUCUCCGCCACCACGGCUGACCCAGAAGCUUUGUUCGAAAUCCGAAUGCCCACACCAGGACCUCAGCCUGAGGCGGACGGGGACGUGACCCAGAGAGUCCUCAUCAAGGCCUGCUUCCUGGAGGACGCCACCAUCGGCAACAGCAACCGGAUGCACGUCGACCUGGGGGCAGCUGGCCCUGGAGGAGGGACAGGGCCCCAGGACAGCAGCUGGGACGGCGGGCGGCCAGCUGGGGAGGCAGCUGCGGAGCCGGCAGGGGACGCUGCUCCUCCGUCCGAAGCCGCAGAGCCCAGGGGCGAGUUCCCUCAUGAGGGUCGUGAGGCUCAUCGGGACAUGGACUCGGUCACCGCCCACCUGGAAGCUAUGACUCUUGACAGCAGGGACCCCGGAGCCACAGAAGACGGCCCCUCGGUGGCCUGA